GCUCAUUACUCUACACGACUCAUCAUGAAAAGAACGCGAAACUUACUCCUUGCCGCCGCCGCCGCCACUGCCCUCGGCAGCUCUUUCGAAUUUGCCGCCGCCCAGGGCAACGUUACAUGUGCUAGCAAUACAACCGAUUGGUAUCACGACCUUGUUGGAGAAACACCUUGUAUGACAUACUGGAGGUUGCGAUCCAUAUGCAACCCACAGUAUGAGGUCCCUACAUUUCGUCCCAACACGCCGGGAGAUAAUUGUGAUGAUCAGCUAGCCGACUGUUGUUGCAACUCAGUAGCAUGGGCAUUGAGCAUGUUGUGCAUGAAUUGCCAGCUCGGCACUCCACAGGCGCCUAAUGGGAUCGACGCCGGAAAGGGCGCCUACGAGAUAUACAUGAGCAAUGGCAUUCAAGAGUGCACCCCUAACGUCAACCAGACCCUCCCCGGGAGCAUACAGCCCGCGACGUGCAACAAAGGCUUGAAGCUACCCAAUUUCUUGUACACGCUGUUCUGGGUCACUGGUGACUGGUACUACGUAUAUACGAUGGAUACGGCCGUAGCGUCGGUGGCUUCCGCGGGAUCAAACAAGUCGUCGCUCUUCACUGCUCAAGGCUGUCCAACGGUGUCCCCAAACAUUUCCGUGUCCGCUGGUCCGAGCUCACCUACUUCCGGUACCUCGACGAACGGCCCGCUUGUCAGCGGAGAUACGUCGUCGUCGUCAUCGUCGGGCUCUUCGGACACAGCCACCACGGUCGGCGCUACGAUCGGUGGGAUUGCUGCGCUCGUAGGUCUCAUUGGUAUCGGAGUCUAUGUAUCAAAGACGCGGAAGGGGUGGAAGAGCACUGUGAUGAGCCUCAGUGCAAGCAAGAAGUCUCGGGGAAGGUACCCAGCGUACGGCGAUAGCUCGUCGACCACCACGGACCUUGACCCCUUCUCUGCCGAACCACGAUACCCACCACCCCAGCGUAGCCCGAGCUCGACAUGGUCCCCUCCCCGGAGCGCGCACGGCUACAGCUCGAGCGUGUCCAUGACCGAGCGCACAUACCCGAACCAGCUCACCGAAUACGCCGCCAACACGGGCUUCGACCGCAGCUCAUCCUAUACCCACGGCUCCAGCGGCAGCAACACCAACGGCGAACCCUUCGAGUUCGACCGACGCCCACCCUCGGUGUACACCUCGAGCGCCGUGCAGUCCGAGUACGGCGCGCGUUCCACAUUCAGCCAGUCCAUAUUCAGCCACGGCGGCGGCGACGCGGCUAGCCCAAUCCACGGCCGGGGCGGAGGAGCGCCGCCGCCGCCACCGCCAUCCGAGGUAUCGCAGCGGCCGACGUCGUACGCGCCGUCGUCCCCCUUGUCCCCCGUACCCCCCGCGUCGCCCAGGAGCCCGCGCGUGCGUGGGAAGGGGAGGAUGGUGUCCGUGCCCGUUCUGCGCGAGGAGGACUCGGGUCCGCUGAACGAAGGUCUCGAGACGCUCCCGCCGUCGUACAACCCCGCGUGGCAAGGGAGCGUAGGUUCCCAUUCGAGCGAAACUCAGAGCAUCCAGAGACCACGGGGGGCACCACGAUUGCUCCCGCCAACACCGGGUCCACAAGGCGGGGUGUCGCUGCGAGACGUGAAGAGGGGCUCCUAGGCGUGCAUGGUGGUAGUGAUAUAUGGAAUGUUGUACGUUAAUGUUAAUGUGCGGUUAUCAAGGCAAAUAUCUGCGGUUCGCCUUAUUAUAUGCACUAUUAGGUUUCUU